UUAGGUGCCGGACUGCGGUGGAUUUAUCUCCGGGACGACUACGGUGCAUAAUUUUUCGCUCCUCACCAUCAUGGCCCAGGCAAAAAUACAAGCUAAAAUGAACGACGCUCCAAUCGGCAAGUUCAGCAGGACACUGUCCAUGGCAGACCGCUCCGGACGGCUCCUGGAGAGCUUGGAUCAGCUGGAAAUGAGGGUGGAGGCUUUACGUGAAGCUGCAAUGGCCAUUGAGCAGGAAAAGGAGGGAAUCCUGGAAAUGAUUCAGUCCAUACAGAAUAGUCAAGAAAUGAGAAACAUCUGUCCGGGGGAAAGGGAAGAAUUAGCUUUAACUGCGGAUCGUCUCAUGGGCCGGACACUGUCUGUGGAGGUCUCUGUUGGGACGAUCAGAAACUCCCAACAAGAGGACGCGCUGCGCAGGGCCACCACAAUGAUCGAUGAAAUAGUGGCGAAGAUGCUGGAUGACAUGGACAGCAGCCGGCAGCGGCUGCAGGCCCUGCAUGCAGCCUGUGUGACAGAGGCACCGCUUGUCCCCAUCGACCAGAAGUUCCAGGCCAUCGUGAUCAGCUGCGCUCUGGAGGAUCAGAAGAAGAUCAAGAGGAGACUGGAGACUCUGCUAAGAAAUGUGGAAAAUGCCGAGAAAAACAUCAAGAUUAUGGAUAACCAGAAACUGAAGGUCUCAAACGCUGCCAACGGCAGUCACUAAGACCAAGUCACUAAACCUUUGGGAUGUUUGAUGUCACUAACCUUACCACAUGCUAUAGUAAUGCAUUUGUAGCAACAUAUAUGUAUUACCACAAAUUUGUUAUACACCUGUAAUUUGUCGUAAUACAUGUGAGACAUUUUGGAGCAGAGAUUCCCAAACUUUUCAGGAAAUGUACCACUAUGUUCUAAACCAAAUUUCCCAACUACCAGCUAAGUAGGUUGUUCCUAGUUCAUGCUAUUUGGGACGUUACAUGUUGUCACUCUACAUAGCUAAUCACAGGCAAAUUUCGUUUCUAAAAUAUUUAAAUGAUGAACAACUAAUUGACAUUGUAAUGUGAUUUGUAUAUGUAAUAACUAUGUCUGUAAUAAAAUUAAAUGACAAUUUCUUUGGUUUUGGACUUGGGCCAGUUGAUGUACUUAAUUGUGAGGCCUUUCAGCAAGGCUCUUGUGUACCACCAGGUGGAGCCUCAUGUAACACACAGUUUGGGAAUCACUGUUUCAGGGACUACAAUAAAAGAGAAUUGUAGUGACACCACAAUAAAGCACAACAAGACCGCUAUAAAUUUAUUAUUGACUACCACAGACAUAAUCCAUCUCCCAUUUGGAUUAUUGCUGUGAUUCCUUUGUUAGGGCUAAAAUCUAGGAACACCAAACUUGACUGUGUUAUAUCAAUGAGUUUUACCUUCAUAUCAAUGCCUUCAUGGGACUAUUUGAUAUGGCUUUAAUAUGCUGUUGUCUUACACGUGUUUACUUAAGAGCUACAGUUAAAAGAGAGCAGACCACGUUAGGUUUGUUCCAGGGGUUGCAGGGGUAUGAGUAAAGUCAGGACCAGUUGAGGUCAAAUCAACAAUUCAUCAAUCAAUAAUUAAGCUUUACCUAAAAUGACAACAUGCAGGUAUUUCUCUCUUUCACUGUUUUACCUAUUGUACUGUAUGAAGCACUUGGUUUGGAUUUUGGAUGUGUACACUACCUCCUUGCUGCAGAAGCACUAAAGCAACGCAAACCACAAGCUGCACAGCUGCUAUGGAUUUUAGCUUUUUGUUAAAGGUUUUAUGUCAACGGAUGUGGCAAUAAAGACACGUGUUUCCUCACAA